GGCGGAAAAACCAUUAAAAAAAACCACUUUUUUUUGUAGCUUUUUUCUUUAAAAAUCAUAACAAAUUUGAUUGAAUUGGUCUUUAUUUUUUGGAAGAUGUCCUACAAAGUUGUCUACAGUUGUUUCUGAUAUAAGAUAUUGCCAUUCUGGCUUACAUUCAUUACAAAAUGUUAACCGUGGGUUAUUUAUAUUCCAUCUGAGAAGUAGUCUUGAAAAAAAGAAAAAAAAAUACGUUACAGAAGUACUUGACUUUUAAACAUCUUUAGGCAAUGAAGGACUUGCUGAUGAAGAAUUGGACGCGACUGUGGAGUAUGUGAAGUCCCAUGAAACAUUCGUUGCUAAUGCCACAACUGAUCGAUUACUGGGCCACAUAGUUGGCUACCGAUUUCAACUGGAUACAGACGGUAGCGAAGUGGUAUUCAAUAGAGUCUUUGGUGGAGUGCCUGACUUCACAUCAGUGAGAGACGGGUAUUCUAGUAUUACUGAGGUGCAAGCAACGGCGUUAUUGAAGGAAAAUUUAAAGCAAGUAAUUAAAAUUCUCGAUGGGGAGAUACCGUCAUUUUCAACGUAUGGAUUUAACGUUAAAAAGGGUUUGAUAGAUGCCGAGUUUUCGAUGAUUUUAUCAUCGACAGCAAAGGGGUUACUUAUUGGAGAGGACACACAAUGGCAAAGAGUUUGCUUCGAUAUACGUACUAAUAGUCAGUUGGAAGCUAACUAUAACCGAAGCUUUAAGGACUGUCGUUGUAUUUGUCCUUUCCCUUCCCCCAUCCCGGGCAAUGUAUCGAGCUACGAUGCAUGUGCGAACCGCUUAUUAUUUCCUUAUGGACUCGAUUUUAACGAUGAGGUCGUACCAACUAACGAUGAUGACUCGUCCGGUAUCAUUAAUCUUAAGACAUUUUUCCCGUAUUAUGAUACAUUCUAUGAGAGUCUCUAUGUGAACACAAAUGGUGUUAUAUCAUUCGAAGGGGUAGUGAACGACUAUACGCCCGACCCGUUUCCUCUGAUGGACACUUGGCCGAUGAUUGCCCCAUUUUGGGCAGAUGUCGAUACAACAAAUGGUGGAGCUAUAUAUUAUAGAGAAAUGGUCAGAAAAGACGAUGAGAAACUAGCUCAAAGCAUCGAUAGAAUCAUAAGAGGAAACGAUGUAACUCAAGCAAACUUUGAACUGAUUUGGAUGUUUGUUGCUACAUGGGAUCAGGUAGCGUUCUACGUACUCGACCAACCGAGGCCUAUGAUUAAUAACACGUUUCAAGCUUUGCUGGUGACAGAUGGUAGAUCCUCGUUCACUAUUUUUAACUACGCCCACAUACACUGGACGACUGGACAUGCGGGUGGAAGCUCAAUUGCAGGUGACCCUGAUGGUUUAGGUGGUAUUGAAGCUCAGGUCGGAUACAACGUUGGAGAUGGCGUGCGAUAUUACACUGUUAUGGGCUCAAGGACAGAAGAUAUUGUGGACAUAGAGGAAAAGUCGAACGUCGGUGUACCAGGCAGAUAUAUUUUUAAUGUUGGUGGGGAAAGUGUAGUCGAUCCAGAUUGUCAUUCAAGCCAAGACCGAGAUAAUUCCGGAUCGCUGAUACUCUACCCGGCCUCUGGAUCCAUGUUAGGUGGAAAUGCAAUCCAAGUCCAAGGACCGUGCUUCCAGAACACCGACAAGGUCAUGUGUCGAUUCAUCAGUGACAACGACGCUGGACCAACAACGACGUGCCAAUUUUUUGGUGGUCGCACGGUGUCGUGCGUGGUACCGAUCCUCCUUCGCAUUGGCAGGGUGCAUGUGUUCCUUUCGAUCGAUGAUGGUGCAACAUUUGGCUUCCGGGGAAUAUACACAUCGGUGAGUACUGAAGAUGUUACGGGAGCGAUACCAUAUAAGGUUCGUCUGGAUACGAACGGCAUAUAUCCCAAGGUUGUGUGGCCGAGUAAUGCCUUGGACGGUAGUUACUACGAUAUUGAUAUUUACGUGUUUAAAGACGGUGCAGAUUCUAUCGGGCUAGAAAAUGGCAGAAUUAGGCCAACGGUGGUGAAUGAUAUGGCCAUUGAAUCACCUAAUUUGGAUUUGGAGUUCAAUUUAACUAUCCGGCUUUUAUCCAAAGGCAACGAUGUUGGUAUCAUUCGUAUAUCACAAGGGGAUGAAGAACCCGGGGAACAGAACAGUUUUGCAACAUCAAUAUGGAGCGAUCCAUUUGACUUAAGUAUAUUUACGGAUUUGAAUGUGCCGAAGUGGUGCUCGGCCUGGAGGAAUGUUGAGUCAUUCAAUUCCGUACAGCUUGCUUCAUCAGAUGGUGAACUUCGCUGUCCAUGCAACUUACAGAGUGCAUUGAUAGAUAGGGGACGUUUCUCACCGAGUCCGCGAUGUUCAAACACGGUACACGAAUCAUGCGUAGAUGAAGUCAACAUUGUCCACUGUGUUCGCAGCAGUACACCAAGUUCCGAAGGUCAUGGCCUAGAAUGCUGUUACGACACCAAUGGUGCCCUUUCCAAUAUUGAAGACAACAUAGACGCUGGAUAUGCGCACCGGUACCAUCACCUUGGGCGGGAACCCUUUGACGAAAUUGGCAGAGUUCCGUAUUUGUCCCAUUUUUUACACGACAUAUUACCCUACCGACGAUGCUGUAAAGACAAAAAAUCUUGUUCAGCGAAUUUUAUUCCGGCUCGACCGUCACACGACUGCUCUGGAUACCAGCCUCCUAGGCCAGCUAGAAUGAAUGGUGAUCCCCACAUACAGACUCUUGAUGGACUUGCGUACACCUUUAAUGGUCAUGGCGAGUACGUCCUGAUGAAUUCACUAGAUGGAAUGUUUAUGAUGCAAGGACGAACAGAACCCCUACAGGUUACAGGUAAUGUGCGCAAGGCUACUCGGUUUACUGCGAUCGCAGCCCAGUACAACAAUGGGACUAACAUACAUGUUAGCUUGAAUGAAAUACAUGGUCUGGCAGUACACGUGACCGACAGUGACAGCCAGUGGUCUCAAAUCAGAUUUGAUUUGACACCGAUUUGGUAUGACACAGGUAUCACUAUAUUCUAUAGCGAGGAAACAAAUGUGACAAGUGUGUCGGUGACUGUCGCGUUUGACUUCGGACUAGUUUUUAUUGUUGAAGCUGCCAAUGACAUCAUGUCCAUCGUGGUUGUCGGUCCAGAAACAAUGCGAGGAAACACCAGUGGGCUUCUUGGUAACUGGAAUGAUGACGUCGCCGAUGAUCUUCAGACACCUGAUGGUGACUAUCUUCCGUCGAACUCAAGCAUUCGUGAUAUUCACUAUGAUUUCGGCGAGAAAUGGAGAAUUGCUAUUGAGGAUUCGGUGUUCUAUUAUGGUACCGGCACUGAUUACAAAACAUACUCGCACCCAAAUUUUGUACCGUGGUUUGAACAACCAAACAAUAUUGACCAAGCCUUAGUUUUUGCAGUCUGUGGAGACAAUCCGGAAUGCAUUUUUGAUUUUCAAGUUACAGGCGAUGCAGAGAUUGCCAAAGUAACGAAACAGAGAGUCGAAAGUUUUGAAGAAAUUGUAAAAAGUGUUAUACCAGUUGUUGUGUGUGGUUUUAUACCUGCUCCCAGUAAUGGCACUAAAAAUGGUUCUGUAUACACAGAGGGAGGUGUUCUAGUCUUCGACUGUAACGAUGGUUACAGCAUUUCAAAUGGAGCAUCUACUAUUUAUUGCACGCAAGAGGGAUUCUGGUCGGAUAGUGUGCCAUCUUGUGUGAAAGACGAAGUUGUGUGCGAGUUUAUAGAUGCCCCUCAAAAUGGAGCUAAAAAUGGGUCUCUCUAUGUUGAGGGCAGCAUCAUACAUUUCAAAUGUGACGUUGGUUUUACGUUGAAUGGACAGUCUAAGAUAAGGUGUACUGAUGGAGAAUGGUCUGACAUGGCUCCCUCUUGUGUCAAAGAAGAUAAUUACUGGAAUCUAAUUUACAUUGCAAUCGGUGUUUUAGGUGUAGCUUUAUUGGUGAUACCACCGUUAGGUUGUUGCUUCUGCAGGAGAAGGUCAGAUGGUGAUGUUCUGCAAAGCUCAAGAGGUACAGCUGUUCAAAACGAUUAUGCAUACCACAAGUCAGAUGAUGAUGUUCUGCACAGCUCAAGAGGUACAGCUGUUCAAAACGAUUAUGCAUACCACAAUUAUACCUAUGAAACGGGAAGCCAGACUGUUCAAACCAAUGAUACAUAUGCUACUUCUAUUUUUAAAACUGGCCAAUAAAUAAAGGUAACGAUGCUCUGCAGGAAAGAAUUUUUUUAUGACGGUGACAAGUUUUCAAGGUGUUUAUUAUUUCGCAUUUACAGAUUUUAAUUUUUUUUAAAGAAUAAUUUGAACAAUUUUGUAUGCUGAAACUCACCAAUGAAAAACUGGACAUGUAACACAGAAUGUGACAGAACAAACAACAACUAUGGUUACUAUUUGAUAAAAUAUGGCACCACACUGUACAACAGUCGGGCAAAUCAUAACAUGUUAUUAAUAGUCGGAAAUAUGUACAAGUCCCACAUAAAAGUUUACAUACGUCUUUGCUGUUGUCUUUUAAGACCUUAGCAACAAUAAUCAAGAGGCGGGGCUUAGGGAAACGGCGAUAUAUUGGUCUUUGCUUUCGUAUGAUCAUGUUUAAAAGAAUAUCACAUUACAGUACUGUACUAGAAACAAAUAUUUAUAUAUAGUUACCAUUAUAUUUCUUUUAUCAAUUUGUUGUGAUUCCUAAAGUCCCGUAGUUAAGUACGGUACGGUAUAAAUUCAUAUUAAGUUCCUAGUCCACGUAUCAAGCGCUAUAAAAAAUGCACUAGGCCUAUUAUUAUUAUUAUUAUUAUUAUUAUUAUUAUUAUUAUUAUUAUUAUUAUUAAGUUUGAUUUACUUUUUUUUUUUUUUGGUAAAUAAUUGUCAUAGCUGUAUUUAGCAUGGAGGAAUUAGUUCAUUUAGUUACCAGUGUAAUAUUUAAUCAGACUGGCCAAUAGACCUUUCCGGAGUGUCAAUCAAACUAACAACUGACUAAUCAGAACAGCGCUAGGAAUACGCGCGCGUCUCACAAACACACGUGUUUUCCCACUAACGCACGUGUUCGCCUAUGUUUUAACACUGUCUCCUUGUGGGACCUUAGCAACAAUAUCCAAGGGACGGGGCUUAGCGGAAAGGUCCAUUGACCUUUCCGGAGUGUCAAUCAAACUUAACCUCUGCAGUUUUGUGAGCCUUAGCAACAAUAUCGAAUAAGCAGGGCUUAGCAACAUCUUAGGUCCACUGUAAGAUGUAUAGGCCUAUAUGUUAAGACAAAAAUAUAAAUGAAUAUAGAAAAGAUGCGUACGAGUGCCGUUUUCCACUAGGCGAAUUUAUUCGCGCGAAUCGAAAAUUUGUACCCGUACGUAUGCGCAUUUGAGAAUCACGUGAUGAAAACUUAAUUGCAUGCAUGCGUAUAGGCGAACAUUUUCGAUUCGCGCGAAGUGGAAAACGGCUUUUACGGACAGUUAAGUCGCAUUGUAGAAUAUUAAACACGAACCAUUCUCAUGACGACUUAACGACUGUCCCCCACGAUAAAUCGCGUCAGGCUACAUCGUACGAUGCUGUCCUUGUUGGACUUCCGGAAAAUGUUUGCACAAAUAAGAUGAGUUUAGGUGCGGCAAAUACAACAAUGCAGACAGUAUUAGAGAUAUCCACUUGUGAUAUCUGAUUUACAUAAUAGGUGUUUCAGUGCACAAUAUUUUGAUGCAUAUGUCAAUAUUUCGUAUACACAAGAAUAACAGUACCUGUAUAUAUUAUGUUUAUUAAAUUAAAAAUAAAUUUUUCUUUUGAAAAAAAACCCCAUUUGUACUUCAUUUUAAGAUCAGAGAAAAUAAAGUCAAA